CGCGCUUCCCCUCUCUCUCUCUCUGUCUCUCUCUCUGAGCUCCUCCUGUCUUCAUGUUGGACACGUUUGGGACACAGAGCGCCGGUUUGACCAUCCCGCACGCGGAGCUGUCGGACACCAAGAGGAGCCUGACAUCUGCAGGGCUGGGGAUGGACAAGAGCACCGGGGAGAAACUUGUGUUCAUAAGUGGACCCAUUUUAUCCAAAAAGAAACUUCUGGUCGUCUUGGAUCUUCUCUGCCUCUUCCUGGCAUCACUUCCUUUUUUUGCAUGUGAGCUGAACGCGUUGAGUCCUUACAGAAGAGGCUUCAUAUGUGGGGACCCCAGCAUCACCUACCCUUAUCUCCACAGUGAAGCCAUACCGAACAAAUUACUCAUCUCGGGAGGAAUUGUGAUCACAGGCCUCACAAUUGCCCUCGGGGAGUGUUUCCGGGUGCGUAUCCGAAGCGUCACCUCCAAAGCCUUUGUCAGAAACCUGUAUGUGUCCAGCCUGUACAAGGAGCUGGGCUGCCUUCUGUUUGGCUGUUUCAUUGGCCAAUCGGUGACCAAUGUGGCCAAGCUUAGCGUGGGACGACUGCGACCUCACUUCCUGUCUGCGUGCGGCGUCACCUACGCGUCACUUAACUGCACACCUGGAACCUACGUUGCAACCGUGACCUGCCACAAGUCUGUCUCCCAUUUAGAGGAAGAGGCCAGGAAGUCCUUCUUCUCUGGCCAUGCCUCUUUUGCGAUGUACACAAUGCUCUAUUUAGCGUUUUACUUGCAGGCUCGGUUUACGUGGCAGGGGGCUCGAUUACUAAGACCGAUGCUGCAGUUUUUUCUGGUCCUGCUGGCAGUCUACACAGGUCUGACCCGCAUCUCAGAUUACAGGCACCACCCAUCGGACGUGCUAACAGGCUACCUGCAGGGAGCUCUCACCGCUUACUGGGUGGCCUUCUACAUCUCUCCCAUGUUUAAAAGCUCCAGCUCGGACCUGUCUCCUACUGAGACGCUGGACAGCCCCAUGUCACCUCACCAUACCGUCUGCUGA